UUUUGCUGCCAUAAACACUAAAAUGACAGCUCACUGCUAGAAGCACACAGAUUAACUUUCUACAAUUUCCUUGUAUUUUGUAAAUGUGUGCCAUGACUUGUUCCAUGUCCCAGAAGGUUUUUCUUCCCGAAGGGACUAAACGAACGAGUGAAUACGCUGUGACCUUCAUCCAUGUAACAACUGCUGCUACUGCUACUACUGCUAUUACUACUACUGCUACUGCGUCCUACAUGUUGUACAUGCAGCAUAGGAAAAAGCUUAACACUGUGAUCACACCCUAAGGGUCACAGUUAAUCUGAACUGAUUUUUAUUGUUACCAACAAAUGCCAUUAGAAAGUAAAUGUAAUGGAAGUGAAUGUAAGUAUACCAAGGUCCUUGAACACCACUCUGCAAAAUGUGCAAUCAUCUACUUUACAUAACAUUCUCCCUGUUCAGUUUUGAUGAAUAAACAUUGUUUUAAUUUAGGUGCACCGCUACUGGAGCUAACAGCUUGCUGUUCAUUAUUUCCUGUUGUGACACUACCCGAGAUAAGGGUGGUAUAUUUUCGACAGUGUGAAACUGGAGAAGCUAUGUUUUCCCAAUGCUUGUGCAAAAUGAGUCAAGAAUUUGCACACAAAAUAUUGCAUGUGACCAGUUGAAGAGAGGCUCAUUUCAGUGUGUCUCAGUGGAAGGGACGUCCAUAGCUGAAGAUGUCGGACAACACUGCAAUGAUGAUAGCCGCAGGUGGCAUUACAGCAUUUAUGGAAGUAUGCGUUAUGCACCCCCUUGACGUGGUGAAGACGCGUUUGCAGCUGCAGCACUCACCGGUGGCAGGAUCCACGCCCAAGGGCGUAGCCCAGUACUACUACACUGGCGUUGUCAACUGUGUUCGGACUGUCUACCGCCAGGAGAGCUUCCUCUCACUGUGGAAGGGAGUUGUCCCUUCCGUACUCAUUGAGACUCCGCGGAGAGCAAUGAAUUUUCUUCUCUUUGAAAACUAUGAGCAGUACCUCUUGUUUGGGGCUGAAACAGCAAAACCAUUGACAUAUUUUACAGCAGGGUUGUGUGUCGGUGUGACCGAAGCGAUUGUGAUGAAUCCAUUCGAGCAUGUGAAAGUGACCCUGAUGGCAGACAGGUCACCUGUGGAGAAGGCGCCCAGCACGUGGGACGUCCUAAAGAAGAUCGUCAGCAACAAGGGCUAUGGUGUGGAAGGCCUCAACAGGGGAAUGUCUUCUACUAUAAUUAGUCAUGGGAUUUUCAAUAUGGUGUAUUUCGGUGUCUUUAAGAUGCUCAAGAGCCGUCUUCGACCAUUUUCUGAUGAAAUGCUGUAUCUGUACCACAUAAUGGGCAUUGGCUUUGCAGCUGGUACGCUGGCAUCCAUAGCCAGUAAUCCAUUUGAUGUUGCGAAGACUCGAAUACAGGGCCCUCAGCCAGAACCCGGUGUCAGAAAAUACCGGUCCCCCCUUGCUACUGUGGCAACUAUUUACAGACAAGAGAGACUGCGAGCUCUUUUCAAAGGUCUGCUUCCGAGACUUCUGCGAAGAGGUGUUGGAAGUGCCCUAAUGGUGGCUGCUUAUGACUACACGUAUCGGUACCUUACCAAUGGAUUCUCAGAGUAGUUCUGUUGGUGAUAUAAUCACAGUUUUUGUCUAGUUUGUCUAGUCCAGUCAGCAAUGGAGUGUGUGCAUCAACAGAAUUGCAUGGGAGCAUACGGGUCUUUUUCCUGGGAUUUUAAACACUAGUAUUUUAGAACAUUUCAUAUGGCAGUAGCCAUUAAGCUGAGCAAGUGAUGUGGUAACAGGUUGUGAAACUUAUCUGUUCCUUGAUCACUGUUAACGCUUUGGGAGCUGAAUGAAAAUAUUGGCGAUU